AUGACAGAACAGGCUCAAGUGUACCACCAAAUUGAAAAUGGGGAGAAGGAUGCCCAAACCCAAUGGGAAGACCGAUCUCUAAGUGAUCACAACUACAGCUCAGGUGAUCAUGUAAAGCACACUACCUGUGAGGCAGGGACACAGUGCCCAGCAGCACCUAUCUACAAAACCCUGCUGUGGAACGAAGCACUCUGUACACUGCAUACAGGCUUGUCUCUUUCUGCCUUUUCUACCCUGGCGGAACAUCUUCUACCCCUCUACAAAGGCAGUGUCGUAUCGAGUGAGUGGUGGCAAUCAUUGCUGAUAAACAAAGGAGUCCGCUCAUACUGAAUCCUUGAUCAUAAGUUUAUUCGUAUCACAAGCUUUCAGCAUGAGUGACAGAUGUCAUGACAUCCGGAGAGCGACGCCUCAGAAUGGCCGCUCUGCCCUUUCUGUGUCUAGCCCCUAUUUAUAAAAAAUGCAAAAAGAUGGGUGGCUCCCUCUUCUGGCCAAUCACCAGUCUCCCCUGGGGCGUCACCCCACAAACGGCUACAUUUGAACUAAGAUCAUAAAAACAUUUCAUUUCCUCAAGAAAAACAUUUAACAAAGGCAUAAUCCCAAUACACGACAUUUCCCCCCUUCGAGACGAACUAAACGUCUCGAAAACAAACAGAAUAGGAUUAUGACAAGUGACAAUUUAUCUUAUUGAGUAUCUUUAACAUUAAACCAAAAAACAUUAUUCUCUAGAGUGUAAAUACCUUUCUAUGAAAUAUGAAUAACUGUUUAUGAAGUGUGAAUACAUUACUAUGAAAUAUGAACAAAUCUUUAUGGAGUGUAAGAGUGAAAAAACUGUCCGGCAGCCAUCUUUUCAGAUAUCCAUCCAUCAAUCAAGACAGUAAAAUUCUCUCACGGUCCCUCUGCCCCAGGCAACCACCUAGAUACUCCAAAUAAACUCAUAAACCAUGUAAAUGCAUUUGAAACUAUGAUGUAAUUAAAUACACAUGUAAGCCCCUGCAAACAAAAUCCUAUCCAAAAAAUAUCCACUCUAAGGCUGGUCAACCCAUUGGACCCUACAGUGGACCUCUCCCUGCCUAGACUCCCUGUCCCUAAGCAUUCACGAAAUAAACAAAAACAUCUAAGAUCCCCACAUGUAUCCAAUAACAUCAAACAUCAUUCUACAAAACUUAAUACCUAAGAAUAUGACACAAUUAUGUAUUACACAUCAAAUACGUCUAUAUUUCAUUGCAGACACUGGAAUGUAGUCUACUACACUUCAUCUCCCCGUAGUCUCGACUUCCAAUGGAUUUGUUGAUGAUGGAAUCGGCCACACCCUCCUUGUUUCAUCUCCUCCAGUCAUAUUGUCCCUUCAUAAUAUUGUCCUUGUUUGAGUAUUUCAAUCUCCACAUGUCCCCCAAAUGCUUCUGAAAGAAAAGGAAAGACCAAACAGUAUCUUUUGCAAAACAACACUUUCAAAUUGAACAUCAAUAUCAACUAAGAAUAUAGAAAUGAUAUAUAAAUGAUGUAUGAAUCACAUUAACCAUUUCCCCCCUCUGAUUCAUAAAAUCAUACCAAAAUCACCCCAAUAUUGAAAAAAAAAAAAAAAAAAAAAAAAGUUUUUGAAAAAUGAUCAAAGCAUUAAAAAUGAUAUUUAUCCAUUCAGUUCCACUUGUCCAUCUUCAUCCAGAUCAGGAACAGUCAACACCGGCAUCUGAGUGUUGUCUCCAGGCAUCACUCUCCAACCUAUCUCAAUAUCAUAGCUUUCUCAAAGGUCAGUAACAAAUUACAAACAUCACACAGUGUUAUCAAAGCUGCCAUUAAAUGUAACCCAUCACUGCCCCUACUGGCCUACCUGAUCUUGCAACCAAGUCUUCUCAGAUCUCCCAAACGCAUCCCUUAUAUUCUUCAAUGCAUCUAUAACACUCGUGAUAUUAUCGGAACUAUCUGGAGUCAAAGUAUACCUAAUAUUAUCAAUAUGAUCUUCCCAAAUGUUACACCAUACCAUGGAAAAAGUCCCCCCUUCUCCCUUAGAUUUAUCCUUCAAUGAUAGGCUUGAAGACUAUGACAUGUAGCCAUGUCUCUUUUCAUCCAAUUUCAAAUAUAGCUUCAGAUUUCUGUCCGAUGCUACCCCUCUUAUAAUGGUAAAAACCUCCUAUGGAAGCUUCAACGUUGACAUGUAACAACAUCCUGUCUAUCCAUAGGGUAAGAAUAUAUAUGCUUUAUCACCACAAACCCUCAAAAUAUCUCUAAAAUUCCCCAUAGUCACAUUGUCAGGCAAAAGCUAAUCUUUUACCAUCAAAGUCCUGCUCUUCUUACUACCUGGUACAUAAAAAGUAACAUAUUUCUCAUUACUACCCUUAAGGUCAUGCAUACCCAAAGUUAUCAUAUAACAUCACAAUCUGAUAUUCCCAUAAACAUACCCCUUACCUCAUAUGUUUUAUUAGAACAAAAACAACUUUUAGCCCUCAAUGGUUACACCUCAAAUGCUUCAGGGUUUGCUGUUACCUGAUUUUACUUUCCAUCUAACAAAUGCACCCAAGUUAAUUCACUUAACCCAAUAACACCUAAACCUAGGCUUAAACAAAUGUUUUGACAACGACAUUAUUUUAUCUGUUACUGACUGUUGCUGAUACCACAGUCAUGACAAAGCAUAAGAUUGACACAUACUUGAUAGAGGUCGAGCGACCGUCUCUAACAUGUUUGUUGCUGGAAUUCUCAACAGACAUGGACCCUCAAGAUUCCUCACUGAUCUUACAGAAUGAGCUGCUGGAACCUGCCCAUCUAUCUCUAAUUUUCACAACAGAAGAAUCAAACCCAUCCAUUUAGUUUCUCUCUUCCCUAACGAGCGGUACUGCAGAUACCUCUCCUUGUCUGUCAUUAAAAUCAAAGACCUCAUCCUGUACCUCCAUGAUGAAUCUAUAUUCUCUCUACUACUAUCUGUUCUCCUAUUUUAAGUCCUUCUUGCUACCCCUUUAAUUUCAGAAAAGUUGUUGUCGGUGUCAUACUUCCUACAUUUGCUAUUGCCAUCGUAUCAUUAAUCCCUUCCAAAGUUACCAUUAAAGUAGUUGAUUUAGCUGAUGUAUCAACCUUAAUUACUUCUAGUGCGAAGGUUCCCGUUAUCCUCUGUGUAUUAUCUACUGUUGGAGUGGCUACUGUAAUCUACUCCUCCUGAACUCCCUCAAUGACUGUGGAGGCUACAACAGACCUCAACUCUUCCAUUAUAAGCGUUACUUUAUGAAUUACAUAGCCUUUUAACCAAUAAUUCUUAACCGGAACAAAUUUUAAUGCUUGCACUAGAUAAGUACACAUAUAUUCUCCCUGAUCUUUCUCUGUGACAUUACGCCAAAUAAGUGAACAGUCACUCAUAACCCUCUUCCACUACAUAUCGUUGUACAAACUAUAUCUCCUUUGAUUAGGUGCAACAGCUUGCUUCUACUUCUGGUCCUGAUAUCAAUACUUCUUCUCCAUAAUUAUCUCUCCAUGUGGGAGGAACGUCCCCAUCCUAACCCUAAUAAGUAUUUUCCCCUAAAAUUGGUGCUGGAGCUAUUGGUUCCCUUAUAAUCAAAUGCGAUAUAUUUAUGGCUUUAAUAACUAUCAAUGUUGAAAGAGUUAAAUUGCUUCUCACUGUUGUUUUAAUAGACUGAAGUGUUAAUGUCCUUAGUUACUUCAUCCAUUUUCCAAAGAUUUGAAGUCUUUGCUUGUACUUCCAUCUAUCACCACUAGUUUCACUUUUUCCCAACUCUCAGUCCUAUCUCUAAUCCCUGACUUUCAAACUUUUGAUUAUAAAAAAUACACCUACAAUUACCUUGAUCUCCCUGCUGUAAAGUGUCCUUCACCACUGUUCUCUCUCUCUUACUACUAACUUUGAAACUUAGCUUACUGUCUUAGAGUUCCUUCAACCUAGUUCUCCUAACUUAUUUUAAUCUAAUCUUUUCUCCUAACCUUUAAAAACCUUUUCCACUGAUUUAUUUACAAAAUCCCUUUACCACCAAAUUUUUUGAAUAUGUGAUUGGGAAAGUCCCCACCUGCUUCUGACUUUACACACAGACUUGGCAAACGACUAAACACCUUUUAGCCUAGCCUGAAAUCUCUUGGUGUAAGAAUGUAACCCAGAAUAACAGUCAUCCCUUUUAACUUUAUUUUUCAGACAGAUUGUCUAAUAGGCAGUCUAAUAGAUUAUCAUCCUUCCUAUGAUAUUAUCUUUUUAAGCAAAUAUGAUUCCCAAAAACCCUACUUUUUAAAAUCUUCUACCAGACAGCCGUCUAGUGUACAUCUUAUUGUACAGUUCAAUUUACACAAUGCAUCUCUUCCCAAUAAUGCAAUAGGUAUAUGCUCUAAUAUUAGUAUCUUAAGAGUAAUUAACUGUUUUACUACCUCAAAUCCCUAUCCUAAUUAGUUAAUUUUACAUAGUGAGAUGUUUAACCUCUUUAGGCUGAACACAGAUAAAAGCUUUUACACUAUACACUAUCACUUCUCAUAGUCCUCUGGUUUUACUUCAAUUGUUAGAUAUUUUCUCUUCUCUAAUCGGUGCUAUCAGCUGACACCCCCCUUCGUAUCUUCUAGGCACUAACAGGUGAUCUCGACUGCCCCUGUAUCUUCCUUAAAAAUGUUCUCUGUUGUUUCCUCCUGACUUGUUGCAUUAACAGGUAAAGUGACCAACCUGUCCAUAAUUAUAACAGUCUUCUGAAAGUUGCUGGAAGUGUAGCUGAAAUCUUCCUCCUCCUUCUAAGCCUUCUCGUCCUCUUCCUCUCCAAUUCUGUGUCUGUCCAGAAAACUGGCUGUGGAUAUGGAACACCUGGUACCCCCCUUGGCUGGUACAAUUGCAUUUGAUAUUGUUCAGUUGAAGCUGUAGCAGUGAUUGUUGAUUUGGUUCACUCUGAUUCUUCAUAACCAAAGCUUCUCUUCUCCACCAGUUGUAUGAUUGAGUUUUCUGAGAGUUUCUUCAUCCUGUUCUUUGUUGUUGACAUAUCAUGAUUCUUCAACAGCUUAUAUUCUAAGUUCUGUCCUCGAAAUAUCAUCUUCCAUCAUCUUCUUACUUUUCUUCUGUGCCAGUCCUUGUAGGAUAAACUCCUUUUGAAUACACAGCACCUUUAGUCCCCUCUUUAUCGCUGUCUUCAUCUGAACUCGAAUCUCUUGUAUCCUUCUUCCUUCAACUUCCAUCAGAGAUCAAAUCUCUAGUAUCCUUCUUUCCUCUCUUGCCAACUUCCUUCUGAUCACAGAGUCAUAUCCACCCAUGAUCUCUUCUCAAUCACUCUGAUCUUCAUCUUCAUCACCUUCUUCAAGUUCCAUCUUCCUAACCUCACUCUUCUCUUUCAGACAUCUCAUUUUCUUCCUUCUGGAGUUCUGGAUUCAUCUUCAUUGUUGUUUCUGCUUGCCCUCUAUCUACUAUUCAUCUUCAUCUCUGAUGCAACAAUCACCCUCCUGGAUGAUCCCUGGAAGCUGAGGAUAAACAUCCCUAAGCUCUACUUCCCUUAGCCUUAUCUCUAUAGCUUUGUUUAUCUUAUCGCUGGAAUCUUUUAUCCGUUUUUGUUUGAGAAUGAAGGGCAACAUUUGUUUCAUUUGCCGGAUAACCUAGCAAUACUUUAGUUAAAGGGUUACUAUUUUGUACUAUAUCAAUCGGUGUAAUGACUUUUAUAGCCUUGAUGUCGUUUUUCCCCAUUGUAACAACCCUUUUAUAUUCCUUUAUCGUGAAAUAUUUUAUUUUAGACUAUAUAGCCUAUGGCUUCCCCCCUCUAAUUAUUAAUAUAAACCUAACAACUCCAAAAAAAAAAAAAAUAUAUAUAUUUCUUUUUUAAAUAAAUCAAUUAAAAAUCAUGAAUAAUUAAAACCAAUUUUUAUUCCUAUAUCCUAUGUCACCAAUUUAUCAAUUAGUGGUGGCUAUCUUACCACAACCCAUCAAAUGCAAGUAGUCAACUUCAGACUAAAAUACCCAUAAACAAAGCCUCUAACCCUACCAUUACUACAAUUCCCAUAAACCCCCUUGCUCUAUAGGCACCUAAUUAUCUUAAAUUUACAGAAUAAUGUCAGUCCUUGAUUCCCAACACAUCUGUAAUUAACCCAAGUGAUGCACAUAGCCUCCAAAAUGCAAUUUUUAAUGAAAUAGUAUUUGCCAAGCCUAUGUGAAAUUGUCAAAACAUCAAAGAAGAUUUUGUAAGGGAUGAUUUUGUGAACUAGCCUGAUAUCUGAUCCUCUGCCUGCGUCACACCUUGUCACGUGACGCACGUCAGCACUUCCUGUAUCUCUCUCUCUCUCUCCUGUCGUAUCGUCCUAUUGCUCCUCUCAUAUGACAGAAGAACAGAGACACAGGAAAAGAUUUUAGUAGUUAAUGCAAUCACUGAGUUAUUUCAAGCAUAUUCAAUAUUCCUUCGUUCAUAUUCGCUUCAAGACUUAAUUUAAUUCAUUACGUAUUUUAUUUUAAUCCGUCAUUUAACUCAGGACUAAAUAGAUCGCUCAAAAACAUUUUAUUUAAUUUUAAUCGUCUUCUAAUUCAAUUUAUUAUAAUCCGUCAACAUAUCUCUCUCAUUUAUCAAUUCAAUAGGUCACAAAACAAGUUUCAUCUUUAACCAACCGCCGCUUUAAACUAUAAGAUUCGCGUUAAAAUCUCUCUUCUUUGUUCCCACGUCUGUGUCUCUUCCUGCAGCAUGCAGCCCCCCAGAAAUAUGACACGUUACCCACAAUCCCGUUUUUGUAGUUUUACUAUACCCUCGUGUUGUAGUUUAGUGCCGUAAACCAAAACGUGUCCUAAUCUCGUGCCAUAAACUCCCCCAUUUAGCAUUAACCUUAGCCUUUAGCCAACUGCGGCCUACCACGCCCUAAGUAACCUUGCAUUGUGCCCAAAUCAUUGUCCAUAUAUCACCUGCUAACUUUAUGCUGCCGUGAGUUCUGGAUAAUUAUAUGAGCGGUCACCCCAAACGAAUAACCCGUCGACUAUAAGAUGAGCAUAACAUACACUAUAACCCGUCCAGCUCAUGGUUCCCAGAACCAACCUGACACCACACUAGCGCGUUGCCCGGAUUUAUGGCCCACUCCUAAAGAGUCGCCUCGUUUCGAGGUCUUUCCAGAUUCACAAUGCCCUAAUUGCAUACGUAUUCCUGACUUCAUUCUGCCAAUAUCUGCCGUUAAUAUCUCUACCAUCGAUUGCUCUAAAAUUCCAAGCCUACUCUCCCCCUUUUUGCCCUGUCUACCAGUGCAACAAUUGAUAAUGAUUAGCCAGACCCUCAGUAAUCAGCAAUAACGCCACCCGAGGCACGGUCGUAAUGGUACAUUCCUCCAGUGUACACAAGCAGCAACAAAACUAACAACUUAGCUGUGAGGAACACUCACCCUUGUCUGGUCAUGACUCCAGACCGAAGUUAGCUUGGCGGCUACGAAUGAGCAAAGGAGAGAUGCAGACCAGCCCCACGUUGGGCGCCAUUUGUCGUAUCGAGUGAGUGGUGGCAAUCAUUGCUGAUAAACAAAGGAGUCCGCUCAUACUGAAUCCUUGAUCAUAAGUUUAUUCGUAUCACAAGCUUUCAGCAUGAGUGACAGAUGUCAUGACAUCCGGAGAGCGACGCCUCAGAAUGGCCGCUCUGCCCUUUCUGUGUCUAGCCCCUAUUUAUAAAAAAUGCAAAAAGAUGGGUGGCUCCCUCUUCUGGCCAAUCACCAGUCUCCCCUGGGGCGUCACCCCACAAAUGGCUACAUUUGAACUAAGAUCAUAAAAACAUUUCAUUUCCUCAAGAAAAACAUUUAACAAAGGCAUAAUCCCAAUACACGACAGCAGCAUUCAGUUAGACCUGACAGACCAACUCCUGAUGACACUGAUGAAGCUCAACUUGCUGCAGCAGUACCUAGCAGAAAGGUUUAGUGUUUCCCAGAGUAUUGUCAGUCGAGUGAUUAGUUAUUGGAUUGACAUGAUGGAAGAUAAUCUGAGGGAGUGCAUUCCAUGGCUGCCAAGGGAGACCAUCCGUGCUACAAUGCCACAAUGUUUUAAGGACCACUACCCAGGAACAACCUGCAUUAUUGACUGCUCAGAAACUGCUUUACAGAAGUGCAAGAAUCUGUAUUCAAGGGGGGAGUCAUUCAGCCAUUACUACGCCCAGAACGCUAUCAAGUAACUGGUGGCCAUUGCACCUUGUGGUCUAGUGAUGUUCAUCUCCUCAGCAUACAGUGAGGGAAAAAAGUAUUUGACCCCUCUGCAAAACAUGACUUAGUACUUGGUGGCAAAACCCUUGUUGGCAAUCAGGUUGGCACACAUCUCAGGAGGGAUUUUGUCCCACUCCUCUUUGCAGAUCUUCUCCAAGUCAUUAAUGUUUCGAGGCUGACGUUUGGCAACUCAAACCUUCAGCUCCCUCCACAGAUUUUCUAUGGGAUUAAGGUCUGGAGACUGGCUAGGCCACUCCAGGACCUUAAUGUGCUUCUUCUUGAGCCACUCCUUUGUUGCCUUGGCCGUGUGUUUUGGGUCAUUGUCAUGCUGGAAUACCCAUCCACGACCCAUUUUCAAUGCCCUGGCUGAGGGAAGGAGGUUCUCACCCAAGAUUUGACGGUACAUGGCCCCGUCCAUCGUCCCUUUGAUGCGGUGAAGUUGUCCUGUCCCCUUAGCAGAACCCCCCCCCCCCCCAAAGCAUAAUGUUUCCACCUCCAUGUUUGACGGUGGGGAUGGUGUUCUUGGGGUCAUAGGUAGCAUUCCUCCUCCUCCAAACACGUCGAGUUGAGUUGAAGCCAAAGAGCUCGAUUUUGGUCUCAUCUGAACAAAACACUUUCACCCAGUUCUCCUCUGAAUCAUUCAGAUGUUCAUUGGCAAACUUCAGACGGGCAUGUAUAUGUUCUUUCUUGAGCAGGGGGACCUUGCGGGCGCUGCAGGAUUUCAGUCCUUCACGGCGUAGUGUGUUACCAAUUGUUUUAUUGGUGACUAUGGUCCCAGCUGCCUUGAGAUCAUUGACAAGAUCCUCCCGUGUAGUUCUGGGCUGAUUCCUCACCGUUCUCAUGAUCAUUGCAACUCCACGAGGUGAGAUCUUGCAUGGAGCCCCAGGCCGAGGGAUACUGACAGUUAUUUUGUGUUUCUUCCAUUUGCGAAUAAUCGCACCAACUGUUGUCACCUUCUCACCAAGCUGCUUGGCGAUGGUCUUGUAGCCCAUUCCAGCCUUGUGUAGGUCUACAAUCUUGUCCCUGACAUCCUUGGAGAGCUAAGAGAUAACAUUUUUGACAUGCGUUUUUCUGGAUUUUGUUGUUGUUAUUCUGUCUCUCACUGUUCAAAUAAACCUACCAUUAAAAUUAUAGACUGAUCAUUUCUUUGUCAGUGGGCAAACGUACAAAAUCAGCAGGGGAUCAAAUACUUUUUUCCCUCACUGUAUGGAGGUAGUUGUAGUGACAAAUAUAUAACAUCGGAUUCUGGGUUCCUGGAGUACCCCUGUCCAGGUGAUGAGGUCAAUGCUGACCGGGGCUUCACAAUCCGUGAUCUGCUACACAAGAGGAAGGUCAAAUUAACAAUUCCAGCCUUCACAAAAAGAAGCGCACAGCUGUUAGAGGAGGACACCACAUGUACAAGAUGGAUAGCUAACGUGAGGGUUCAUGUGGAACGCGUAAUUGAAAGGCUCAAACGGUUUAGAAUCAUCUCACAGACAGUGCCAAUCAACCUCUCAUCUAAAAUGGACAAAAUACUUCAAAUCUGUGCUGCCCUGUGUAACAUUUUCAUAAUUUAGCAGAUGCUGUUAUCCAGAGCAACUUACAGUAGACAUAGAUUACUUCUUUUUUUUUUCAUAAACCCGUGGGAAUCGAACCCACAACCCUGGCGUUGCAAACACCAUGCUCUACGAACUGAGCUACAUCCCCUGCCGGCCAUUCCCUCCCCUAGACGACACUGGGCCAAUUGUGCGCUGCCCCAUAGGUCUCCCGGUCACGGCCGGCUACGACAGAGCCUGGAUUCGAACCAGGAUCUCUAGUGGCACAGCUAGCACUGCGAUGCAGUGCCUUAGACCACUGCGCCACUCAGGAGUACAACCUGUGUGGUGAUAUCAUUCAUGAAGAUGCUGAAUGAUCUGACCAGUCAAAUGCCAUUCACAGGGUCGAUUUCCCAAUAUGAAUUAAAGUUGUGUCAAAAGUUACGUUCAAUAAAUUUCAAUUCAUUCUAUAACAAUUCAACUUAAUUAUUUGUUUUACAUACUCAUUAAAAUUUAUAAAAAACAAAGCCCAUAAAACAAUUUCCACAUUACUGUGACUGUUGAUGCAUUAAGUCAGGCUUUUUAAUUGAAAAACAAUUUGUUAAUAGUAACUGCAAACAGGAGAGACAUCUGACUACAUACUUCUACAGAGCUGCAUUUAUUUGUCACUCAGUGACAAUCUGCCUGCCUGAUGCUCCUCAACAAUAAAUGGCAGCAUGUGUGUAAAGUAGAAUGCCUUCAACCUCAGGACAGCCUCUGCACAGAACUGUGCCUCAUAGGGAACAGGGUUGACAACUUGCUGCGACGGAGUCCAGAUGAGCACCUUACUUUCUCUCAGUCCUGUGCAAAACAUACCAAUUUGCACCUGCAUGUAACAGCCUGCGUUGUCUUGGCUGUGUACUUAGGGUCGUUGUCCUGUUGGAAGGUGAACCUUCACCCCAGUCUGAGGUCCUGAGGUCCUUUAGGUGCCUUUUGACAAACUCCAAGCGGGCUGUCAUGUGCCUUUUACUGAGGAGUGGCUUCUGUCUGGCUACUCUACCAUAAAGGCCUGAUAGGUGGAGUGCUGCAGAGAUGAUUGCCCUUCUGGAAGGUUCUCCCAUCUCCACAGAGGAACUCUGGAGCUCUGUCAGAGUGACCAUCUGGGUUUUUGGUCACCUCCCUGACAAAGGCCCUUCUCCCCCGAUUGUUCAGUUUGGCCAGGCGGCCAGCUCUAGGAAGAGUCUUGGUGGUUCCAACCUUCUUCCAUUUAAGAAUGAUGGAGGUCACUGUGUUCUUGGGGACCUUCAAUGCUGCAGAAAUGUUUUGGUACCCUUCCCCAGAUCUGUGCCUCGACACAAUCCUGUCUCGGCGCUCUACAGACAAUUCCUUCAAACUCGUGGCUUGGUUUUUGCUCUGACAUGCACUGUCAACUGUGGGACCUUAUAUAGACAGGUGUGUGCCUUUCCAAAUCAUGUCCAAUCAAUUGAAUUUACCACAGGUGUACUCCAAUCAAGUUGUAGAAACAUCUCAAGGAUGAUUCAUAUAAAAAGGAUGCACCUCAGCUCAAUUUCAAGUCUCAUAGCAAAGGGUCUGAAUACUUAUGUAAAUCAGGUAUUUCUGUUUUUUAUUUUUAAUAAAUUAGCAAAACUUUCUAAGAACCUGUUUUCGCUUUGUCAUUAUGGGGUAUUGUGUGUAGAUUGAUGAGGGAAAAAAACAAUUUAAUCAAUUUUAGAAUAAGGCUGUAACGUACCAAAAUGUGGAAAAAGUCAAUGUUGUCUGAACACUUUCCAAAUGCACUGUAUAUUCUUUUCAGUUUGAUAAGGAGAGCAUGAAGAUGAGCAGGAGGACCUGAGGUCAACUUUGAUAGCUUGCUACUACUAUAAUUGAUUUUAUUAAAAACAAUAUGUUUAUUGCCCAUGAUUUAGGCCUAUUUGUCAGAGUUAUUGACCUCACAAUAAGCCAGAUUCUAGUAAUUUACAUUGUAACUUACAUUGUGGUCCUGAAACACGGCACAAUCAAUUGGAAAUGGAAAGCUUAUGGUGCUGAAAGUAGGCGAAUUCGAGUAGGCAUUAUUAAUUUCAAACCGUCUUCAUUUUCAUUAGACUUUACUAACUUCAAAAGGGCUUUGUGUUGGAGCCUAUUUCUUCCUAUUUAAUAAUUAAGAGGUAGGCCUACUUGUUUGACAGACGAAAUUAAGCUAUAGGCUGCUACAGUGGCUUGCGAAAGUAUUCACCCCCUUGGUAUUUUUCCUAUUUUGUUGCAUUACAACCUGGAAUUAAAAUAGAUUUUUUGGGGGUUUGUAUCAUUUCAUUUACACAACAUGGCUACCACUUUGAAGAUGCAAAAUAUUUUUUAUUGUGAUACAGCAAUUACAGCGGCAAGUCUAUUGGGGUAUGUCUCUAUAAGCUUGGCACAUCUAGCCACUGGGAUUUUUGCCCAUUCUUCAAGGCAAAACUGCUCCAGCUCCUUCAAGUUGGAUGGGUUCCGCUGGUGUACAGCAAUCUUUAAGUCAUACCACAGAUUCUCAAUUGGAUUGAGGUCUGGGCUUUGAUUAGGCCAUUCCAAGACAUUUAAAUGUUUCCCCUCAAACCACUCGAGUGUUGCUUUGAAGGAACCUCCGUCCCAGUCUCAAAUCUCUGGACGACUGAAACAGGUUUCCCUCAAGAAUUUCCCUGUAUUUAGCGCCAUCCAUCAUUCCCUCAAUUCUGACCAGUUUCCCAGUCCCUGCCGAUUAAAAACAUUGCCACAGCAUGAUGCUGCCACCACCAUGCUUCACUGUGGGGAUUGUGUUCUCGGGGUGAUGAGAGGUGUUGGGUUUGCGCCAGAUAUUUUCCUUGAUGGCCAAAAAGCUCAAUUUUAGUCUCAUCUGACCAGAGUACCUUCUUCCAUAUGUUUGGGGAGUCUCCCACAUGCCUUUUGGCGAACAUCAAACGUGUUUGCUUAUUUUUUUCUUUAAACAAUGGCUUUUCUUCUGGCCACUCUUCCGUAAAGCCUAGCUUUGUGGAGUGUACGGCUUUAAGUGGUCCUAUGGACAGAUACUCCAAUCUCCGCUCUGGAGCUUUGCAGCUCCUUCAGGGUUAUCUUUGGUCUCUUUGUUGCCUCUCUGAUUAACGCCCUCCUUUCCUGGUCUGUGAGUGUUGGUGGGUGGCCCUCUCUUGGUAGGUUUGUUGUGGUGCCAUAUUCUUUACAUUUUUUAAAAUAAUAGAUUUAAUGGUGCUCCGUGGGAUGUUCAAAGUUUCAGAUAUUUUUUUAUAACCCAACCCUGAUCUGUACUUCUCCACAACUUUGUCCCUGACCUGUUUGGAGAGCUCCUUGGUCUUCAUGGUGCCGCUUGCUUUGUGGUGUUGGAGACUCUGGGGCCUUUCAGAACAGGUGUAUAUAUACUGAGAUCAUGUGACAGAUCAUGUGACACUUAGAUUGCACACAGGUGGACUUUAUUUAACGAAUUAUGUUACUUCUGAAGGUAACUGGUUGCACCAGAUCUUAUUUAGGGGCUUCAUAGCAAAGGGGAUGAAUACAUAUGCACGCGCCACUUUUUCCGUUAUUCAUUUUUUAGAAUUUUUUGAAACAAGUUAUUUUUUUCAUUUCACUUCACCAAUUUCGACUAUUUUGGGUAUGUCCAUUACAUGAAACCCAAAUAAAAUUCCAUUUAAAUUACAGGUUGUAGUGCAACAAAAUAGGAAAAACGCCAAGGAGGAUGAAUACUUUUGCAAGGCACUGUAGGCUAUAGGCUAUGCGCAUCACUUGGUCCAAUUUAUCGAGUCAGUUAUUGUUUUCUUGCGCAAACCGCGAGCAACACGUUGGGCGACAACCUUCCAUAUAGCCUACUAAAUCAGACCACAUAGAUUUAGCCUAACUACGCAAGCGAACCAGGAGUCGAAAGCUCUUUUUCCGAUGCGACGUUGGCUACCUGCACACAGGUUUAGUAACAUACUAUGCAGGGUUGCCAGGUCAAAUAAAAUGUCUAAAACAAUUACCCAUGAAAACUCGCCCAACAAGUCCUGAAAACGUCCCUUUUUUGGGGGGCAAACUCCAAAGUCCUCUGAUAAUACUAGUCCCGUGCGAAUUGACAUCCCUGUGUUUUGAGAGAAACGGGACUAGUAUUAUCAGAGGACUUUGGAGUUGCCAUAAAAAAAAGGGACGUUUCAGGACUUUUUGGGCGAGUUUUCAUGGGUAAUUGUUUUAGACAUUUUAUUUGACCUGGCAACCCUGCGUAGUAUGUUACUUUACCUGUGUGCAGGUAGCCAACGUCGCAUCGGAAAAAGAGCUUUCGACUCCUUGUUCGCUUGCGUAGUUAGGCUAAAUCUAUGUGGUCUGAUUUAGUAGGCUAUAUGGAAGGUUGUCGCCCAUAAUUUUGUUUCUCCUUUGAAACAUUCCGGGGUCGUUCCAGAGGGAAUGAUAACUGGAACGUGCACUUUCACUUUUACUUACUAGCCUACUGAAAUGUAAAACUCGGAAAGAAGGAAAUGGCAGUCUACUUUUUUGGGAAAGUUAUCAUACCGUUUUUGGCUUAUUUUUUUGGUGAGUAUUCUAUACUAAGUUCUGCCCGUUUAUUGAUUUGUAGGAAAGUAAUUUGACCUUGACAUAGUCAUUGUGCACUGUAUUACGGCCAAGGUCUGUUCAGCCGCACAGUCUGGUCCAGUCGAUUAUUAGUCAUAAAACAUGUUAUAGUGUACCUCUAAUUACACUGCUUUGAGUGUACAUUAGAUAGUCUGUAUGGUAUAGACAUAGGCCUCUGUUUACUACGAAAUAUCUUAUAAUUUAUUUUACUAGGCAGGGGCAACUCUUACACUACGAGGUCCAGAUUCUGCUGGUUUUCUGUUCUACCUGAUAAUUAAUUGCACCCACCUGGUGUGCCAGGUCUAAACCAGUCCCUGAUCAGAGGGGAACAAUUAAAACAAGCACAUUAACUGUCUUCGAGGUCCAGAGUUGAGUUUCGAUCAAUGACGUGUAUAAACGCGCAGCCAUCUUGGCACUCCUCAACUGUAAAAAAUAUUUUCGAAGCUAUAGAAAUGCAUUUAUUAAUGCCUACAUUCGUUUUUGACAUGUUUAUUCUAUAUCAGAGACCUUAAUGCAUACUUUUAAAUUGUAUUAUGUGAGCUGAAUAUAAAAAUGAAAACAUCAAAUCAAGCUUUAUUUUAUACAGCACAUUUCAGACAUGGAAUGCAACGCAAUGUGCUUCACAGGAAAAAAACGAAUAAAACCAAUGACAAUAAAAACAGAAAUCUUUACUACACAAAAACAAAUGAAUAACAAUAAAAACGGAAUGACUAAAAAGCACCCUAAGGAAAAGCAAAGCUAAAAAGGUGUGUUUUAAGAUCUCUUUUAAAUAUGUCCACAGUUUCGGCCCCACUCAGGUUCUCUGGUAGGCUAUUCCAGAGGCUGGGGGCAUAAUAACUAAAGGCUGCCUCUCCGUGUUUCUUGGUCCUAGGCUUUGGGAUAGUUAAAAGGCCAGUGCCAGAGGACCCGAGGGACCUACUGGGUACAUAACUUAAAAACAUGUCUGACAUGUAUUGUGGUGCACAAUUAAUUCUACAACUCACAGGCAGCCAGUGCAGAGUCCUUAAAACCAGUGUAAUGUGCGCUCUCCAUCUGGUCUUGGUCAGUAUCCGUGCUACAGCAUUCUGUAUGUUUUGCAGUUGACCAAUGGCGUUCUUGGGUAGACCAGACAGGAGAGCAUUACAGUAGUCAAGCCUGCUUGUAGUAGAACAUGGAUGAGUCUCUCUGUAUCAGCCUGAGAGAGAAACAUUUUCCUUAAAGUGUUUUACUUUAGAGAGUACUAAUGUUACUAUCCCCAUUACAAUGGCCUCUCAAUGGCCAGUACAUAGCAUCAGCAAUCGAGGGUUUAUAUACAUCAUUGGUUUCGAUUGCCAAGUACCUCAACUCCAUUAUGAUUUCAUCCACGGAGUUGAGCACAGACUUUAGUUUAUUAAAUGAACAUCUGACUCAUUCGUGUCGCUAUGCAGUCAAUACUUUAAAAAAUAACUUUCUUAAACCCUUACCGUGUACCUAUGUUUGUCCUCUUUUUUGCGUGCCUUUCUUUCUUUGCUGAAAUCUGUACUAUUUAAUAAAACGUUAAUCAAAUACAACCACAGACUGUUUCCUCAUUGCUGUUGCUCUAAGAUGGCAACUCAGCACGAAUGUGCAUGUGCCAAUUGAAUCUCAACAAGGAAAAAGUUGGUGGUUACAUUUGAAAAAAUGUUUUAUUAAAACAUAUGGAUUUCAGCAAACAAAGAAAGGCAUGCAACAACAGAGGACAAACAUAGGUACACAGUAAGUUAAAUUUUUUAAAGGAUCGAUUGCAUAGCGACUUGAAGGAAUCGGAGGUUCAUUUCAAAAACUCUACUUUGUGCUCAACUCCGUGGAUUAAAAUAUCAUGGAGUUGAAGUACCCGGCUAGAGUUUCGAUAGAGUUGACGAUAUGUCUCUCCAUGCAUGGCCAAGUUAAUAUAUCAAGAUACAAGGUCUACAAUCCUUCCCUGGCCAAUCAUUGAUUUGACAGCAGAGGAGAGCAGUAUUAUGGGAGAUUGCCAACAAGGUUGAAUAGGUGGGAUGUCUGACUGACACUGCUGAUACCUGAACUGUCCUUAGUGUUCUCAAAGAAGACCACUAGUCUAAAUUACAUUAUAGCCACAGAAGUUAGGGGGUUUUCAACGUGUUUUCACCUGAUCCUCCUGUUUCUGUGCUCAGUGGAGGUGACAGGAGAACAGCAGUAUGGUGGCCUGGGAGGAGAGAUCACCCUGACCCCCAAGGUCUCAGGACAGCCUGAGGACAUCCUAUGGAAACACAAUGGAAACAAGGUGGUGGAGUUUGAUGGGAGUCAGAAUGUGGAGUAUGGCAGGUAUAAAGGCAGGACCGUCCUGGACUGGGACUCUGGAGAGCUAUCUAUCAAAGGUCUCACUGAUGCAGACAGUGGGCCCUAUGAGUUAGAGGCUGUCAUCAACGGCAAGCUGCAGUACUCACAACAUGAGGUGGACGUUAUUGGUAAGUGUGUAAUGUUAUUGUCUAAAGGCUUGCAUGUCAGGUUUGUGUGUAUACAGUGUGUUUAUUUACAGUAUCAGUACGGGCGUUUAAAAAAGUAAUCAUUAGGCAUAGACAACGGAUGAUUAAGUGAUGCCAGAAUUGUAAAAAAAAAAUUGUAUACCUUGGGUACUGUACCUAAUGAGUCAGGACCCACAUAUUCUCGCCUAGCUCUUGAACUCUCGUUCCAGUGUGAUAUUGAAACUGCCCCCUUAUCAUCAUUACAUCUUUAUUACAAAUGUUAAAAGUUGCUGGACAGGUUUUCACCCACACCAACACACCUAUCCUCAGAUCAGUUGAGCUGAAAACGGCUUCUCUCUUUGCUGUGUGUGUGUGUGUGUGUGUGUGUGUGUGUGCUCGUGUGUGCACGUGUGUAGAUGAUGUGGCACAGCCCAGCGUUACCUGUGUGGUCAGCAUCACAACCCCAGAGAAAAUGGACAGAACCCUGCUGUGCUCAGCUGACCUUCAGCCCCUGACCAAGUUCAUCUGGAGGAGUCCUGGAGGGUCAGUAAGUCCAGGACCUGAACUGUUCAUAGCUGGGGGGGAGAACCAGGAGUCUGUCUACACAUGUGUGGUGAAAAACCCUGUUAGUGAGAAAACUGCAGAGUUCACCCUGAAGGACUGCUAUGCUGGUAAGAUAACACUUCUAAACUGCAGUUAUAGUAAUAUAUCGUACUCUCACUUUCAUUCUCUCUCGUGUUCACAAUUUGGAUGUAUUAUGUAAUGCUGCCAAGACAUUUGCAUGCAAUGUACAUGCUGUACAUUUAUUGCGAGUGAGAACAUGGUUCAGAGAGACAUGGAAUGAGAUUUUUGUGAAUACAAUGUUAUAGUGAGCAUGCUAAACAUCUUUUUUGAAUAUCCAGGAUAUUCAUAUAUUAGUCACUUGCGUUACUAUAUAAUUCAUAGUGUUAUGACUGCUUAAUUCAUGUGUUAUUAAGUGUGAAAAUGCUGCUGAUCCAAGUUGUUUUAAUGGUGUUUCUGUGCAGAGGAAGGCUCAUCCAGUGUCCUGGCUGUGAUCCUGUCCAUCAUCAUCAUCCUCCUCAUCUUAGUUACCGUUCUGGUAUUAUUGUGGCGCUGGAGGAAAGGCAAGAAACGUAAGACCAUCCUAUGUCCUAUGUCAAAAUCAGGCCUGAAGGCCAACCUUUAGUUCCAGACUCCAGAAAUAUAAGGGGCAUAGUUCAGUAUUAAGGGAGGAAAAGCCCCUCAUUCUAAUGAUCUGGCUAGACCAGAGUCAAUCCAUUUCCUCCCUACUCCCCUGGCAUGUGCUGAGCUUUCAGAUGAUCACGGUCCCAGUGACGCCAGCUGACUUGUUACAAGGUCAUUGACCUUGGAUCUGAGAUUAGAGAUUAGAGUAGAGGAGAGAAAAGAGUACAACCAGCAAACACAGCAAAGUACAUACAUAGUCUUUCUAGUUAGACAUAUAAAUGAUACAGCAUGUUUACCCACAUCUCUUCCCUAUGUCUAAUUCUGUCCUUUAUCCCUCUUGUCUUUUCCACUCUGUGGUGGAUGACCAGUGGCUGAAGCUGCACUGAGAAAAUCUGAAGAGGAGGCGCGGCUGAUGAAAGUUACAGUACAAGGUUGUUUAGCUGUAAAAAUGCUAUUUUGAACUUGAGGUGUAUUGCUAUAGACUUCGUUUGGCCAUCACAUAUAUUUUAAGACAACACUAAUACCUUACCACUUUGCUGUUUCUAAAUAAAACUAUUUUGUUUUAAUUUAAUAGGAAACCAAGAUCCUGAAGAUGACCAUUCUGAGAACACUGGAAAUACAACUUAUACACAAAAAGGUUCUCCUUAUAUGGUGUUUAUUACCUUGGGCAUAAGGAACUUUGAAUACAUAUGGUAAUAAUGGGAAUGAAUGUUUUUGUGUGUACAGGACAUGUGAUAGAGCUGUUUAACAAGCAGGAUGCAGAUGCAAACAGUAAACAGCACACCGCACCAACUGGAAGGAUUUUGUCUCCAACAAAAAGUGGGGGUCACAUCCCAUUGGACAGACAGAAUGACAGGCUCUCAGACAAACAGACAGGUGAUUUUUUUCUCCCAUGGCAGAUAGCUUAAACAAAAUAGUCAAUAUUGAGACUGACAAUGACAUAAGUCAUGUUAUCAUUAAGACAAAUGUGUCUAUAUAAUAGUGUUUGUGUAGUCAUGUAUCAACCCAUUUUCUCAAUCUGUGUUUCAGAGACAGAGCCAGUACAGGACAAACCCACCCCGGCCCAACCAGACCUAGUCACACCAGACCCCACCCUGGCCCAACCAGACCCAGUCACACCAGACCCCACUCUGGCCCAACCAGACCCAGUGACACCAGUGCCCACUCUGGCCCAACCAGACCCAGUCACACCAGUGCCCACUCUGGCCCAACCAGACCCAGUCACACCAGACCCCACCCCGGCCCAACCAGACCUAAUCACACUAGACCCCACCCUGGCCCAACCAGACACAACAGUUACCAUUCUGGGCCAACCAGACCCAGGCACAUCAGAGUCUACCCUAGCCCAACCAGACCCAAGCAUACCAGAACCCAAAGAAGCCCAGCUAGGUCCGGACACACCAGAACCCAACCAGGAAACAGGAGUGUCGGAGACAAAGCCAGUCCAGGACAGGCCUGGGAACAAGGACAGCACUCCACUCUUGAACAACUCAGACGCCAUGUUCCUCCUCAGCACAGACACACAUGUUGCUCUGGACCACAAUGGUGGGAAAUCAAACAUCCAUGAGCCUCAAGGCCUACAGAGAGACCAAGAGGGAGAUGGAAAACCUUUGGCAGAGUCAGAAAGUGGUGUUGGUGAGGAGGACAUGAACCUAUCAAGAACCAACUCUGACAACUCUUCCUUCCAAAGUGCCAACGAGAACAAUGAUGAUGAUGAUGGUGGGGAUAAAGAGAAGUCUCUCCAAGCACAGGACCACAACAAUAAACCACCCAAUCAGGAGAGAAAAUCAGCUUUGCAGCACAUUGACACGACAGGGCAGGCCCAGAUACCACCACCAUCACCAGAGUCCAGCAAGACCCAACUACACCAACCCACACCAAAGCCUUCUCCAGACCAAAUCACGACAGAGACAGCUCUAGCACAAACAUGCCCUAUCACAACAGAGUCAGCUCCAUACCAAAAAGACCCAAUAACAAGAGAGACACCUCCAGGCCAAACGGACUCAGCAGGCACAACAGAUCCCGCCACGGCCCAAACAGACCCAGGCACAACAAAACCGGAAGAAGCUCAGCUAGGCAUAAACACACCAACACCCAAAGGGGCUCCACUAAAUGCAGAAACAGAAAAACCCAACCAGGACAUAGGAGAGCACAAGAAGGCCCAGAUAGACCUGGACACACCAGGUCUUAAACAGGAGAAUAAACUAGACCAAGAAUCAGACGAGCCCCAAGAAGAGAUCCUGCCAGACCUGUACACGGGAGAUGGCAAACACGAGAGCGAGUCAGGCACUGAAGCAGAGACACCUGAGCAGGUGAAGCUUGCUGAGAGCCUGGAGGAGAAGACAUCCCAGAGAUCUACAACUGCUACUGGGGGAGAAGGGGAUAUGGCGGAGCACAGAGUGCAGGAUACAGAGACAGGCAGAGAGAAAGUGGAACAGGUUAGACAGGUGGAUGCAAAGACCAAGGUGGACGUUAGGAAGGAUGGAGAGACAAACCACAACCAAAGGGAUUGGAAAGAGGGAAAGCAGAAGGUGGAACUGGACAAAAAGAAAUAG